AAACAAAAUGUUUAAGUUUGUAGUGCUCGUUUCAUUGGUCGCUUGUGCCUUGGGGUCACCCCUUUCUCAAAGUCGUCCUCAUCUGGAUGGACGAAUUGUUGGUGGCAAGGAAAUAAGCAUCAGCGAAGUACCAUAUCAACUUUCACUCAUGCUGGAUGGGGAACAUUUAUGCGGGGCAACUUUGUUAACUCCGCAAGUAGCUUUGACAUCUGGUCAUUGUGUUGUCGGUGAACCUGUCAGCUCACUGUCAGUUCGUGCUGGAUCUAGCUCCAGAAUCAGUGGUGGAGUUGUUGUCAAUGUUGUAAACUAUGUCUUCCAUCCCAAAAUCGAUGUUGCUGUCAUCAAGCUAGAAACUCCACUUUCUCUUGGAUCAACUAUCAAUGCGAUUCAAUUGGUUGAAGAAACUCCAGCUGAUGGAACCAAAGCUAUGGUUAGUGGUUGGGGCACAAAUCGAUCUGAAGGAACAUCAUUGCCAGUUCAAUUACGAGCUGCUUCGGUAAGAAUUAUCAGCAAGGAAAAGUGUUCAUCUCUGCCGUACGGUUAUGGAAAACAGAUCAAAUCGGAAAACAUUUGCGCUGCUGCCUUUAGAAAAGACGCUUGCGAAGGUGAUUCAGGUGGCCCAUUGACAGUCGAUGGUGGUCUAGCUGGUAUUGUUGCGUGGGGAGUUGGAUGUGGCUAUAUAGAAUACCCAGGUGUUUAUAUUGAUGUUAAUGUAAUUCGCAAAUGGAUCUUAGAAUCUGUUCGUAGGUUUGAAGAUUAAAUCAAAACAUGUUUUAAAAAAAUCAAGAAUUUAAGAAAUAAA